CACAAACGUACACUACCGUCUUCCUUCUUUCGAACUGUGCUUUCAAGUUCCAGCAAAGAGAGACUGUUUCAUAAAACAGAGAAAACAAAAACAGAAUCAACAACAAAAAAAACAGAAAAAACGAAAAUGGAAAACAAAACGAAGAUCAAAAUCGCAUUCACGAUCGCGACAAUCGCUUGCUUCGCAGCAAUCUCCGUCUUCAUCACCGCACAGUAUCGAAAGCAACGAAAGCAAAAACAACAAUCUCGAAACACUUGUUACUUGAAAACAGAACCAAAGCCUCAGGACGCUUUCAAGCGAGUCUUGGCUGAUAACUCAUUCUCUGCAUUCAAACACCUCAACCACAACAAAGCAGAGAAUUUGAGUAGCGAACACCCUUACAAAGCCGAGAUUGAGGCUCUAUUGAAGAGUGAUCGAGUCGAAUUCGAAUUCGUUGAUGAUGGAAAUGUGGAUUUGGAAUUGAGCGAUUCGUAUGUUUGGAUUGAAAAAGAGUCGCAGUUGCAGGAACUUGCUAUGUUUGCUGUUGAUACUGAACAGCAUAGCUUGCGAUCCUUUUUAGGCUUUACAGCUCUUAUACAGAUAUCUACUCGGAGGGAAGAUUUUCUGGUCGACACGAUUGCUCUGCAUGAUGUAAUGGGUAUUCUUGGUCCUGUUUUUGCCAAUCCUGCAAUUUGUAAGGUGUUUCAUGGUGCUGACAAUGAUGUUCUUUGGCUGCAAAGAGAUUUUCAUAUUUACAUUGUUAAUUUAUUUGAUACUGCAAAGGCUUGUGACGUGCUAUUGAAGCCCCAAAAAUCAUUAGCAUACUUACUUGAAACAUACUGUGGUGUCAUCACAAACAAACAGUUACAGCGUGAAGACUGGAGACAGCGUCCACUGCCGGUAGAAAUGGUGCAAUAUGCUCUAACGGAUGCCCAUUAUUUGUUGUAUAUUGCGCAUUGUCUUGCUUCCGAGCUAAUACAACAGGACAGUGAAAAUUCAGCUUCUCCCGAUGACAAAUUCCGUUUUGUUCUCGAGGCCAGCCGGCGUUCAAAUGCAAUUUGUCUGCAACUUUUCUCUAAAGAGAUUGAGGCUUCUCCAGGAGAGUCUGCUGCUUCAUCAAUUAUUUCUCGUAAUUUGAAUGAUCAAGGAGGUCUUUCAUCACAUUUUAGUGACACUCAGUUUCAGGAUCUAGUGAGAAGAUUGUGUACCUGGAGGGAUUUAAUGGCACGCGUUCAUGAUGAGAGCUUGAGAUAUGUAUUAUCAGAUCAUGCUAUUAUUAGUCUUGUGCAUAAAGUUCCAGCAUCUGAAACAGAAAUUUAUGACUCCGUAUCCCAAGCUGAUUUAAACAUUGAUUCUUCAAAUCUUACUGUUUCUCUCCAAUCUCCAUCACCUGUUAUUUGUAGUCAUUUGGAAGACUUUGAUUAUUUGUUCCAAGACGAGAUAAACAACCUGGAAGAUAUUUUUCAACUGAUUCUUCAAAACCACCUGGGUCCAAAUGGGAGCUGCCCUCUGACUGUUUAUAAUUAUGCUUUGUUGUCUAGAAAUAACCUCAUACUAGCAAGUAGGCUCGUUUCCAAACAAAACGGAUUUAGAAAUGCAAAACAACUUGGUAAGAAGGCAUCUCGAGAGCUAUUUGUUCAAAAAUUUUCUUGCAAAUCUCCUGUUUAUCAUAAUUGUAGGAUCUAUGCAAAUGAUGGACGGUUACUAUGCUAUUGUGAUCGCAGAAAGCUUGAGUGGUAUCUUCGUAGAGAUCUAGCAAAAAUUGUUGAUGAGAAUCCACCUGCCAUUAUGCUUUUAUUUGAACCUAAAGGUCGUCCAGAAGAUGAGGAUAAUGACUUCUACAUUCAUAGUAAGAAAAAUAUAUGUGUUGGCUGUGGUGAAGGAAAUCACUAUUUACGCUACCGAAUAAUACCAUCAUGCUACAGAAUGCACUUUCCAGAGCAUCUGAAAAGCCAUCGUUCUCAUGAUAUUGUCUUACUUUGUGUGGACUGUCAUGAAAUUGCUCAUGCUGCUGCUGAGAAGUAUAAGAAAAAGAUUGCUGCAGAAUUUGGAAUACCACUUUUCGUUCGUAAAGUAGUUGAUUCUAGACAAACCCAAGAUGCAUCUGGGACAUCUGCAUCUCAUGAUGGGACAGGUGUGUCUCCUCUACAAUUGCGAACGGCAGCUAUGGCUCUCCUACGCCAUGGCCAGAGAAUGCCAUCCAAUCGCCGCGAGGAACUGAUUCAGAUUGUCAUGAAGUAUUAUGGAGGGCGGGAAAUAUCAGAGGAAGAUUUGGAAAGAGCUCUGCUAGUAGGAAUGACUCCUCAUGAGAGACGACGCCUUGUGAAAAAGAGGGGAUCAGCAUAUAAAAAGUCUACUAAGAGUGUCAUUCCAGAGGAGCAGGAGAGUUGUGAUUCACUUGCUUCUACAGGAAAAACAUGUAGCAAAGAAGAUAGUAACCUUUUGGCAGCAGAGGAUAUGGAUGUAAGCAGCUUCACCUUAUGUUCUGAUCUGGACGUUAAUGCAGAAACCUUGGCUGAUAAUAACGAGGUCACUGACUCUGACAGAAGUAGAGUUUAUGAGACUAAAUGCAUCUCCAUUGUGGAUACUGAUGUUAAUGAAAGUAUAAGUCCAUCGAAUGGUACAGUAAAUUCAGUUUCUGAUGGAACUAUCUCACCUAAACAUAAUCCAAAGCUAUCACUACUGGGACAUGGACCACAUGGGAAACAAGUUGUGGAUCAUCUACUGAAAGGAUAUGGGGAAGAUGGAAUUAGUCAGUUUUGCCAGAGAUGGAGACAAGUCUUUGUUGAAGCUGUCCAUCCUCAUUUUUUACCUGCUGGCUGGGACGUAAUGCACAGUGGUAGAAGAGACUUUGGUGAAUAUAGUGUGUACAAUCCUGCCAAGAAAGUUUCUGCAACUGCUCAGGAUUAGCUUCACACAAUCAAGGUACUACUGCAGUUCAGAGAUCAUGCAAAGUUCAUAUGCCAGCAUUAGACAUUGCAUUCACAUCAAAUACAAUAGUUUUUUUCCUUUUUUUUGUUUUUGUGAAUUGAGCAGAGAGAAUUCUCAGUUUAAAGCUCCCCUUCUGUUGUAUGUUCCUCAAUUUUUUGUUUUUUCAAUCUUUUUAAUCUGCAAUAAGAGAAGUAAUCUCCGCCUGUGACUAUGAUGUGGAUCA